UGAAAACAAACCGCACGGGCGUCCCAACGGAAAAAACGGAAGUGACGUUAAUUUGGUCGUUGGCGGUGUCGAUAUUUUGCGUCGGUGGAAUGAUAGGGGGUUCCAUGAUAGGCUGGGUAGCGGAUCGCUUCGGCAGAAAGGGCGGUUUGCUGUUAAACAAUAUCCUGGUCCUGGUGACUGUGAUCUUCGAAGGUAGCGCCAAGGCGGCGAAGAGCUACGAAAUGAUAAUCAUCGGCAGGUUCCUGAUCGGUAUAAACUCCGGGCUGAAUGCUGGCCUGGCACCGAUGUACCUAGCUGAGAUCUCGCCCGUGCAUCUACGUGGCGCCGUGGGCACCGUCUACCAGCUAGUCAUCACCAUUUCGAUUCUGGUAUCGCAAAUUCUCGGUCUGGAGCAAGUCCUUGGUACUGCCGAACAAUGGCCGUUGCUACUAUGCUUGACGAUCGUACCAGCGAUCUUCCAGAUAUGCACGCUGCCUCUCUGUCCCGAGAGUCCGAAAUACCUGUUGCUCAAUCGCGGCAAGGACAUGGAUGCACAAAGAGCGCUGUCCUGGUUACGUGGCACGAUCGAAGUUCAUGACGAGAUGGAAGAAAUGCGAGCAGAGUACGAGUCGGUGAAACUGGUGCCGAAGGUCACUCUGCGCGAACUCUUUGUAAAUCCAGCGCUUCGUAUCCCGUUAUUCAUCUCGAUCAUGAUUAUGUUCGCCCAGCAGUUAUCCGGCAUAAAUGCCGUCAUGUUUUUCUCAACGAAGAUCUUCAGGAUGGCGCAACUCGACAAGCAUGCCGCUCAGAACGCCACGAUGGGAGUUGGCGCUAUGAACGUUUUAAUGACCAUCGUCUCUUUAGUAUUAGUAGAAAAAGCAGGCAGAAAAACAUUACUCUUGGUCGGAUUUUCCGGCAUGUUCGUGGAUACCGCUCUACUCGCCAUUUGUCUCGUAUUCGCUGAAACCUCACGCGCAGCAGCAUACUUCUCGAUUGUGCUUGUCAUCAUGUUCGUCGUCCUAUUCGCCACUGGACCAGGAAGUAUUCCGUGGUUCCUGGUGUCAGAGUUGUUCAAUCAAUCCGCCCGACCACCCGCUACCUCCAUCGCCAUCGCCGUCAACUGGACUGCAAACUUCAUCGUCAGCAUUGGUUUCUUGCCGCUGCAGGAGGUACUAGGCGCUUACGUGUUCAUCAUUUUUGCGGCGUUGCAGUUGUUCUUUACGCUCUUUAUAUACAAGAAAGUGCCGGAAACGAAGAACAAAACUAUGGAGGAGAUUAGCAGUAUGUUUAGGCAAAUAUCGUAUCAGUGAGGAAUACAAAAAAUGGGUAAAAUAUUUUCUCAAAAGCAAAAUGCAGCAGGAAUGAAUAUAAGUGCGUUCGUUUCUCUUUUUCUUUUUCUGUGUCGAAGAAUUCAACGGUUUCGCGAAAAUGGUACAUACUAUUUUAUGAUCUAUUAACGCGCUUCCAACAUUCUAUCCACGCGCAAUAUCAAAAUUCAUCGAAAAGAUACUCGGUGAAUAUUUGUGCAUAAUCAUGAUGUGUACUACGAUGUAUUCGACGUAGUUACAUCCUGCAAUAUCGUGCCAAUCCGGAAAACUUAACUUUUUGUUAUUUAAUUAUUCUACUUUUUAAAUUUUAUUUUUAAUUUCUUUAAUUCGGAAACUGUGUUCCAAGUCGAGUCGCACGAACACGCGCACAUGAUUUCGCCUUGGGCUUUAAAAUUGUAAACUUAAUCUUAUAAUUAGUUCCUAUGUAUUGCGUCUAGC